UAGUGAGAGGACAGACAGUGAGUGUUGGGUCAGAUUUAGGAAUGUGCCGAUGGCUGUUGGUUCUGGGUGAGAUCAUGUCGCUGUGCAGGUUCUGUAUAAUCCCCUCACUGUUCCCGUAAUCCCCCGGGUUUAUCCAGUGAGUAUUUAAGGGGCACGAGGUGUUUGGGCAUCUCACAGUUCUGUACCCGGCUUCUCACCUGUCCAUGGAUCUCACUAUUCAGCCCCCCUGGUUCAAGCGCUCCCAGGGGCCCUUCUACCCCAACCGACUGUUUGACCAGAUCUUUGGUGAGGGAAUGUUUGACUUUGACUUGUUCCCCUUCAUGUCCUCCAUCAGCCCCUACUACAAGCAGAACCUCUUCAGGGGAUACCUGGACUCUGGGAUCUCAGAGGUGCGCUCGGACCGGGACCGAUUUGUCAUUAACUUGGAUGUGAAACAUUUCUCCCCCGAAGAUCUGAGUGUGAAACUGGACGAUGACUUUGUAGAGAUUCAUGGGAAACACAACGAGAGACAGGAUGACCACGGAUACAUCUCACGAGAAUUUCACCGCCGUUAUCGCCUUCCUUCCAAUAUGGAUGAGAACUCUGUGAGCUGCUCUCUGUCUGCUGACGGGAUCCUCACUUUCUCUGCUCCCAAACUACAGCCCCACAAGGACUCAAGCCCCAGUGACAGGACCAUUCCUGUGUCCCGGGAGGAGAAAUCCGGCUCAUCCUCCUAAAGGCCCAGCCCCCGGCCCAAUGUCUCUGUGCGGCCCCCGCUGCUUCCUCUGGAGAUACAUUGUCCUGUGUGUGGGAAGGUGGGGCGAGCACUUAAUAAAGAAUUCUGACUUCA